UCCUGUCAGAUGAAAUUAUUCUGAAUUUUUUGGGAAUUAAAAGUGUUGUGAAUAUAUAAAUCGGGAUGCGUUUAAACACAUAAUUUGGAUAUCGUUACGUAUCUUUAUUAGAUUUACUAUUUUGUAUUAAACGAUCUGAUCAGAUAUUUGGAGCUGUUGUACAUUUCAACAAGGUUUUCAACAAAACAUACAAUGGCUGGUAUCAAAUUUUGAUUACUCUGGCCUUUGCUGGAUCCAUUGGUAUGACUUUUGUUAUAUUGGCUUGUGCUUUGCCAAGUUAUGGAUUGUGGUGGCCAUUCUUCGUAGUAUUAUUUUAUAUUUUGGCACCGAUUCCAACCCUAUUGGCAAAGAGGUACACCGAGCACUCGAACACCAGCAACGCUUGCUUGGAGACAGCAAUAUUUAUUACAAUGGGAAUCGUGGUUAGUUCGUUUGCUUUGCCAAUCGUAUUAGCCCGAUCGCCCGAUCCUGAGCCCACAAUAAAAUGGGGUGCCUGUUACCUAACAUUGGCCGGCAACGUCGUAGUCUACUUGACACUGUAUGGAUUCUUCAUCAGUUUCGAUCAUGAAGACGAUUACAAUAUGUGGUGAUUUAAUAAUCUAAUUACUCGGUACUAAUUAUUUUAAUUAUGCACACACCAAUCUCCCUCUAAAACUCAUUAAAAAAAAAACAAGAAU